AUGGGACCUGGUUGGUACUGCAGCAAUGCCUUGGAUGUGCGCAAGGAUGCCUACUUCGACAAGUGCCACAUCGUCUCUCCAUGCUACUUUGGCGCGGUGUGGACGGGCAAGCGCUGGGAGUGCGGCGUCGAGGACCAGAAGAACGUGACCAAGAAGUACCAGGACCUGAUGCACAUUCUCAUCCAUGGGCCGCAGCGUGGGGACAAGAUCUGGGCUAUCAAGGAGUUGGAUCAAGAACUUCCACUGAUGCCAACCAGCUGUCCUCACCGCGGCUGGCAGGCUCCGAAGAAGUGUCGCAUGAUCGGCAUGGACCACGGCCGUCUGAUUAUGUCAGUGCCGCAGAGCACAGUACUCUUUGACCUCCUCGUCUGUGAGGAUCCUGAGAUGCGCGGACGAGCCAGCAAAGUCUUGUACAACAUUGUCACCGACGACAAAGCAAAUCUGAACCGCAUCAUCGACAAGAUGGGUGGUCUCGGAGUUAUCCUGAGCCAUUUGGACCCAGAGACGAACACCACGAGCAAGAAUCGCGGCAAGGCCCUCUUUGGCCUCAACAUGUUGGCCUCUGAGUGCAAGGUAACCAGUGCGUGCCAGAAGGGACGUCGAUGGGACACGGCACUCCACCUGUUUACAGAACUGCCUGCAGCCAGCAUCGUGGCGGAUGUGGUCAGCUUCAAUACGACGAUCAGUGCCUAUGAGAAGGGGUCCCUUUGGGAGGCUGCCUUGCAGGUGCUAUCCAGCAUGCGAUCAGCUGAAGCUUUGCCUGAUGUCAUCUCCUUUUGUUCUACCGUCAGCGCAUGUGAGAAGGCUUCCCAAUGGGAAGCGGCUGUUCAACUCUUUUCCCAGAUGCCGAUGGACAGGAUUGCAACCGAUGUCGUGGCUUUUAAUGCCACGAUGAGCGCCUGUGAGAAAGCUUCUCACUGGCAACAAGCCUGCCACCUCUUCGCUGCCGGGCCAGGGAUGCGGAUAGAGCCAAACACUGUCAGCAUUGGUGCUUUUCUCUGUGCUCUUGGAAAAGCCAUACAGUGGCCGACGGCUUUAAGCCUCCUGCCGGCCGUGCCAACAGACCAAGGCCGUUCGCACCUGAUCUGCCACACUGCAACGAUGGUUGCCUGCGAGAAGGGCUCGCAGUGGGCUGCCGCACUGGAGCUUUUUGCCGGCAUGCCGGAAGUUCGCCUGAUAGCUGACACCGUCAGCGUCAAUGCAGCCAUCAGCGCCUGCGAGGCCGGCUCUCAAUGGCAGCUUGCUUUGGGACUGCUGGCCGACUGCACCUCUCCGAACGUCAUCAGCUUUAGCGCGGCGUUGAGUGCUUGUCAAAAGGGCUCCGAAUGGCACAGGGCAUUGGAGCUCUUCGCAGACAUUGGAAGAGCCAGAUUGACGCCUACGGUCAUCUCUUUCAAUGCCUGCAUCAGUGCAUGUGAAAGCGCUUCUGACUGGACGAGAGCCCUGCAUCUUGUGUCUGAUAUUGUUCGGGUUGAAAUUCUGGCAGAUGUCACCACUUUGAACUCGGCGAUCAGUGUUUGUGAGAAAGCCUCGCAGUGGGAAGCUGCGCUUCGACUGUUCUCCGCAAUGCAAGAGCCGAUUAGACCCGACGUGAUCAGCUUCAACUCUGUCAUCAGCGCCUCUGAGAAAAGCUGCCGAUGGGAAGCAGCACUGAACUUCCUGUCCGACAUGUCAGCGUCGAAGAUCUCCUGUGAUGUCAUCACAAUCAGCGCUGCCAUGAGUGCCUGUGAGCGGGGCUCUGAGUGGGAGCGGGCUCUUGCGCUUUUUGCAGGUAUGCCUGAAAUCAGAGUUUCACCAAACAUAGUCACCUACAACACGGCCAUCAGUGCUUGCGAAGCGGGCAUGCAGUGGGAGGCAGCUAUGUUUAUUUUGCCACACAUGGCCUCCGUGAGGAUUGACGCCACCAGCGUCUCUUUCGGUGCUCUAAUCAGUGCCUGCGAGAAGGGCUCGCAGUGGGAGCACGCGCUACAGGUGUUCCUGGACAUGCAUUCAGCUGCCAUUCCGCCUGGUUUGAUCAACUUCAACGCUGCCCUGAGUGCAUGUGAGAAGGGUGCGAAGUGGCAGACCGUGGUGGGUGUGCUGUCAGAGAUGCCUUCGGCCGAAGUUCGGCCGGAUGUUAUCUCCUUUAAUGUAGCUGUCACAACCUGCGCCAGCAGAGCAGCCUGGCAAGCGGCUUGUCUUGUGCUUGCCAGUGCAAUUGCAGCCACGGUAGUACCAAAUGCAAUCACUUUGGAUGCCGCUACUGCCUCUUGCCGCAGGGCGGGAGCUUGGCAUCGCAUACCCGAUUUGCUCGCAAGGGUUGAGAGAUGCAUUCAACAAAUCAAAUGGGCGUAA